UUGGUGCUGUAACUCCUAUGCAUAACAACACCGCCACCACCACCAGUAAUAAUACUAAUAAUAAUCCAGUGGGAUCAGGACGUGGUCGCCCCAAUGUAUCCAGUGCUUAUCCAACAUAUGAAGAAGCUUGGGACGUGAAAUUAGCUCGUCAACUUGGCGUCGGUGUAUCCCGUCUACCAUCGAUUCUUCCAAUCUCACCAACUACUGCUACGCUGCUGCUGCUGCUGCUGCUCCUCCGCCUACUACUACUACUGCUACGCCGAAUCACAUUCCAUCCUUGCCUUCUAUCCUCACCGUGGUGGUGGUGGUGCUACACCACCUCAGAAUUCAUCAUCAGCAGUAUGCAAUAAAGGCAAAGCAACUGAUGAUGUGCAAACAGUAGAGACUGACUUCAAAUUAUUAAAUAUUACCACCAGCAAUGCAUCAGAUGAAAAGUCACCAAAAAUGACGAAUUUUUCAGAGAUGUUAAUUACUGAUGAUAAUAAAAAAUGUUUAUGAUGAUGGUGAUUGUAAUUAUAAAAAUAAACAGAACGGAAAAUCAGUUAAUGGUAUAAAUCAAUUAUUUUAUCAUAAUGAAUCAAACAAUGAUCCUUCACAACGUAAUUCAAUUUCUAGUCAUAUGGUAAAUGGAAAGACAGAACUAACAGAAAACAGUACUGGGGAGUAUGAUUACGCUUAUAAUGGUUCAUGGAAUAUGGGUGUUAAAUACAACUUAAAUCUAGCUAUUAACAAUUCAUCCAAUGACUCUUCCAUUAUACCGACUACACCUAAAUAUACUAAUACACAGACAACAGGAAUUACUAAAACUGUUAAGUCAAGUCAUUCUAGUAACACUAUCCAUUCAAGUAAUCCUCAUCAUUCUAUCAGUUCUACUCCUCUUCCUCCUCCUCCCCCUCCUGCUGUUCCAUCGCAUCAUCAUCACCAUCCUCAUCCACAAAAAUAUGGCAUAUCUUCAAGUCAAUCACAAGAGUCUAGUCGAUUGAAUACAGUUCGAAAUGAUACAAAUGAUUUCAAAGGUAGACCGACAAGUCGUCCUGUACCGUCUGUUAUACCGAAUGAUUUAGACAGUAUUUCUACAGACAGUUGUGAUGAAUCUUGGGAUGCACGUCAUGGUCAAUUGGUCUCUGAAUUAAUGCGUGGACGCUUUAUCGAUCCUUCAGUGAUUGUUCCAGCCACCUCUGGUAAAAUGAUGAAUCCGGUAACAACAACAACAGCAACAGUGGGAAUGAAUACUGAGUCCUUAUAUCCAUUGGAUAAAAAUGCAUCCAUAAUCCCCGGCUCAAUACCUGCUACUGCUACUUCAUCAUCUUGCAUCUCGUCAUCUUCUUCAACACCGUCGUCCUCGUCGUCUUCUUCCUCGUCCUCCGCCUCGUCUACUACUUCAUCAUCUUCAACAUCAGUACCACUUCCUUCUCCGCUUCCUUCACAGUGUAUAAAUGCUGUCCCACAGUUAUCAUCGGAUCAGUUUAAUCCAUCUAAUGGAUUACGUUAUCCAGGGAAUUCAGUGAAUAAAACUAAAUUGUCAUCAUCUAGUCAAAAUAAUCUACCGAAAGGUUUACCCCCUAAUUUGGAAAAUCUACCACUUGAAGAACAACCAUGGUUUCAUCCAUCGUUAACACGAUCAGAAGCUGAAGAGUUAAUACGCAAUGAACCAGAAGGUAGUUUUCUUGUCCGUCCCAGUGAAACAUGUCCAAAUGAUUUUUCAUUGACAAUCAAACAUAAAUCGUUUUUACAUAUGAGAAUAUCACGUAAUAGUGCAGGUCAAUAUAUUCUUGGUGAAUAUAGUCAGCCUUAUACAAGUGUCUCACAAAUGAUUUAUCAUUAUGCACGAACACUUGUCCCUGUACUUGGUGCCUAUUCAGUGACAUUGACACAUCCUGUCUUGAAACGAAUCUAAUCAUCGUGUGUUUCACGCUUCUGUGCUGAUGCUCCCGCUCCUGAUGCUGCUGCUGCUGGUGUUACUGCUGGUUGUUGCCUUUUUUUCUCUUGCUAUUCUCUGUGACUUUUGCCUUUUCUAUUGUUGUCAUCAACGUUGCCAUUAUUAUUAGUAAUAUUAUUAUUAUUAUGUUAUUGUUUAAAGUUGUUAAUAUUGUUAUGAUUAGUCAAAUAACACAGUGAUACACCUUUUCCUGGUUUUCAACUCUCUUAUUCCCUAUCUUUUCUCUCUCUCUCUGUCUUUCUCCAUUUUAUUGUAUUUGGCAAGUGUUCAACUGUCUUAUUUCAUUUUUGCUUUUCCUUUUCUUGUAAUUAGCGCCUGACUGACUUAUCUGUGGUGAAAUUGGUCUUUCCUCUAUCUAAGUUCUUCUCCUGCUCAUCUCCCUCCCACUCACUUGUUCUCCUGUUGUCUGUGCAUACAUCUCCUCCUUUCAUGUCUUUCCUUCUACAAUGACAGUAAUUUUCGCUUUGCUUUUACUGGUUCCAUUCAUCAAUCUUUUUUGUUUUUUGAUCUCAGCUUUUCUUUACAUCUGUAGUUUGCCUUCAAAUUUUCUUUUUAUUCAACUCUUUAGGAAUACUUUUAUAGUCAUUAUGCGGAGAUUUUUGUCUAUUUCUGUGGUCAGUGUUGUUCCUCUCCCUCCACGCCCCCCCCCACUUACCAUCUUUUACCUGUUUAAUCCUCUGGGUUAUCAACCCUUUUGUUUUCUCUCUCUUCGUCAAAUAUUUCCUCCCAGUUUUUGGUUUCUGCCUUGAUAACUAAUUUCCGUCUGUGUUCUGUUAAACUGUAUAAAUCAUAUUCACGCUUUCUGAAUUCUUUUUCUUCUUCGUCGUCUCUAAAGUGGAUAUCAUGCUGACCGAUUCCAUUAGAAUCUUUAUGAUUAUGAUUAUUAUCAUUCUAAUUCUAUUGCUAAUACUACUACUACUACUGCCGCUAUUGUUGUUUUAUUGUUAUAACCACUAUUUAUACUACUGAUACACUUUUGUGUAUUAAGUAGUAUGUAUUAGUAGUAGUAGUAAUGUGUGAAUACAUUUAUAGCUAUUAUAUUUAUCGUUUGCUUUCUCCGCUUUGUAAACAGACCAACAACAAAAACAGCUCUUAUUCUCUUAUACAGUCUCUCUCUCUGUUGGAGAUUUCUUAUAUAGUGUCGAUUUAUUGCGUUGCAUCACUCUCAAAGAAAUCAAUAUUUAAAGAGUUAUUAAUAUUUAAAAAAGGAGAAAUAAAUUAGUGUUUCUGUUUCUCUUAAUCUCUCUCCUCCUUUUCUCUUCUUCUCUUUUCUCUUAACUCUUCUUUAUCAGUAGUAUGUAGAGUUGAGUAGUAAGUAGUAGACUUAUUGAGGAGAGGAAGGUGGUCUACUUUUCUACUACUUUACUACAUCUCUCUCUCUCUAUAAUACUUUUCUUUUCUGAUCUGAUUUGCAGUCAUUCAUUCAUUCAUUCAUUUGUUCAUCGAUUUUGUACGUUAUCUGCUAUUUUGUAUUGAGAAACAAAGUCAAAUGCCACAUUGAUAAACAUUUAUAUUCUAAGCUAUUGUAUCUGUGUGUUUAUCUAUGUACACACAUAAUAGCUUUGAUUAUAACUGAGUCUUAUUCUGGCUAUUAUUAUUAUUACUGUUACUAUCAGCCCUAUGUCAGAUUUCUAUUACAAGAGGUAUAAAAACCGGAAUAAAAAGAAGAAGAAGAAGGAGGGGGGAGGGAAGCAACUUCCACAGCACGAUUUCCACUCUUUCCCUUCAUCACUCAUCUCUGUGUGUGUGUAUCGCAUUACGGUUUGGUUUUGUUAUUCUCUAUUUAUAUAAUAAAACGUUCAAUAUUCUUGGAUCAUACGUAUGUUCCUAGUGUUUCUCUUCCUU